CUGGUAUUUUUAUUCUAUGGUAUUGGUAUUUCUCGAAACCAACAAAACAGCUGUUGCUGUACAAAAUGGGGCCGAAGCUGAACUUGAGAUCGGAGUUGGAACAAUUAUUUGAAAAAAAGUUCCAAUACCAGAAACCGAGGGGCGAUGGCGUCUGGGAGCUUCCUCGGGAGGAGCAGCCGUUGUUCAGCGAGUAUUAUCAAUGCGAAGCGUUGCAGAACCUGAAGGAGCAACUGAAUGCAGUCAAGAGCAAGCUCAACGAUUAUGGGGUGCAAGAGUGGAGCUCGCACACGAACCGCCGGGAUCCGUCGGGGGAGGUGCCGUGGCGCCUGAAGAACGAAACCAAGGCGGAGUUCGUGACCGUCGCUUGGUGCAAGCUGUUCGAGUGCCUGCAUCGCUAUCCGCUGGUAACCGAGCCGGUGGUAAACACGCUCCAUCUAUGCGAGGCUCCUGGGGCCUUCAUUGCGGCCCUGAAUCAUUACUUGCACAGCACAUACGGAAAGGAUGAGAUCAAAUGGCGCUGGCGCUCGACUACUUUGAAUCCUUACUACGAGGGCAACGCCUUGAACGAGAUGAUAACCGACGACCGGUUCAUAUUCCACACGCUGGACAAUUGGCUAUUCCACAAGGAUCUUACGGGAAAUCUCAUCAAUGUGAGCAACAUUGAACACAUGGUCAAACGCUGUGCAGAAGACUUCAAAGACAACGGCAGUGGAGGCGUCGAUAUGAUCACCGCCGAUGGCUCCAUUGACUGCGCUGCCCAGCCGGACUGCCAGGAAGAAAUUGUCGUUCGCCUGUUCUUCGCCGAGACCAUCUGUGCGCUGAGAAUACUCAAAUCGGGCGGAAAGUUCGUUGUCAAAAUGUUCACACUCUUCGAGGCCUGCAGUGUCUCACUUUUGUACAUGCUAAACUGCAUCUUCGAGCAGGUGCACAUCUACAAGCCGGCUACAUCGAAGCGCGGCAAUUCGGAGGUGUAUGUAAUCUGCCUGAACUACCAGAAGGAUACGCCCGGUCUGGCCCGUUUGCUGGAACAAAUGCAGGCUAAACUUGCCCAGCCAAACGAUACCAUGGUCAUGCCGCUGUUUGCCAAAUCCCAAAUUCCCAACGACUUCAUGAUGCAGCAUGAAAUCGCGUGCCGGCUGUACAUGAAGCUUCAGACGGACGCCAUCGAGAGCAGCAUCUACGCCUACGAAUCCAAGGAUCGUCUAUAUUUUCGGCACCUGCAUCACUUGCGCGGCCUUGUCUCCUCCAUGUACUACAAUCGCUACAAGGUGCAGCCCCUGGACGAUAAGCUGUGCAUCGUUGAUAAAGAGGUAACGAGCAAGGCCCUUGGAUUCUCAGUGCCCAUAUAUGGGGGCUCCUACACAGAGCGAGAGAAGCUUAAGGACGGCGAUCUGCUCAAGCAAAUAUAUUGCCUGCGCCGCGAGUUUAAUCAACUGGAGAAGUGCCCCAAUGGUCUAACUAGCUAUAGGUAUGCCAAGGACCGCAUGGCUCCCCUGGCCUUGUGUGUUUCCAGGGGAGCACCUGUUAAAAGCCUGCAGAGCAGCCUUUUUGCUUCGGAGCCCGUACUUUUGCUGCGUCUCCGCAUUCUCGACACUUUUGAUCUCGAUCCCGUUUGGCAAACUUCACCCAACUGCCAGCUGGAUAGUCAGACACUAAACUUCAUUCCCUGCUCUGAGGGGGAGACCUUCCACAGUGCACAGCGUCGGUUCUUUGUGGCGCUGUUGGAGAGUGUGUGCCGUCAGCGGCCACAGAAGAUUGUGUUCCAGAAGUUCUUGUUCCUCACCCACUAUGCGACUUCCGUGCUGCUGUUUCUUGUGGAAUCUGUCUACCAGGAGACCCACUUCGAGAGCAACCAAUUGCAAACGAUCACCCUGAGCAGCCCCAACGAUGCGAGCGUUGAUGAAGUUCUGGGCCUGCUGAAAAGUGACACUGAAGAAACGGAAGACACCGCCUGCUCGGCCAUACACAGUCUGGUGGACAUCAAGGAGCUGCAGAAGAACAAGUUCAGCAAUGCACUCAUCCAGCACAACAACAACGUGCUGCUGACCUGCUUUCGCCGAAUGCUGGGCGAGGAAUCGUUUCCGAUGCCCAUCGACAUUGCUGCCACUGAGCAGCCGGCGAUUGUGUCUGCCAUCAAAGAGACCCCGACGCCCAUCGAUGGCAUUGUGGUUUAAUGUAACGAACUUGUAUUUAUCUUUUGCAUAAAAUUACAGUGCUACAAUUAAAAAACUACCCUUCCUACGGAUCCUGAUCCUUACAAAUUGAAAUUGGGAGAAUUGCGAAACUUUCUACUGCAAAAAUCGAAGUUACAACAUUAAAAAGCUAAUUGAAAAUCACAAAA